AUGAAUGGCCACAAUUUGUUGGAGGUCACUUUCAGGGAUAUUCUCCACGUGAUCAAGCCUUCGAAAGGAGAUUGGUCCGUCAGAUUUCUUAUUAUUAAUGAAAUCCGAGAUAUUGUUGGAUCUGUAGAGAGCCUGAGAGGUGCAACUAUAGAACCAUUUGGAUCUUUUGUAUCUGAUCUGUUUACGAAAUGGGGAGAUUUGGAUAUAUCCAUAGAGUUGCAGAAUGGUUCAUAUAUUGCAUCUCCUGGGAAAAAGCACAAGCAGAGUUUACUGGGAGAUGUGUUAAAAGCUUUGAGAAAGAAAGGUGGGAUUCGUAGGCUGCAGUUCAUCCCCAACGCUAGGGUACCAAUUCUGAAGUUUGAGACCAGGUACAACAUCUCAUGUGACUUAUCAAUCAACAAUCUAAGUGGUCAAAUGAAGUCAAAAAUGCUAUUCUGGAUUAACGAAAUUGAUGGACGCUUUCGCGAUUUGGUUUUACUGGUGAAAGAGUGGGCCAAAGCUCAUCACAUUAAUGAUUCAAAAUCUGGAUCCUUAAACUCAUAUUCUAUCAGUCUGCUUGUCAUUUUCCAUUUUCAGACUUUGGUGCCUGCAAUAUUGCCUCCUCUAAGAGAAAUAUAUCCGGGCAAUAUGAGUGAUGAUCUUACAGGUGUAAGGACUCUUGCUGAAAAACGCAUUGAAGAUAUAUGUGGGGCAAACAUACAUAGAAUCAGAUCAGAUAGGUCGAGAUUUAUCAAUCGAUGCUCGUUGUCAGAUUUGUUCAUUUCCUUCCUUGCAAAGUUCUCUGAUAUUUGUACGAGAGCUUCUACCCAAGGCAUAAACAUACAUGCUGGACAAUUAGAGGAAAUCAACUCAAACAUGAGAUGGUUGCCUAAAACCUAUGCACUAUUUGUUGAAGAUCCUUUUGAGCAGCCAACAAAUACGGCUAGGACAGUUGGUUCUAACCAAUUAGUAAAGAUAUCAGCUGUAAUUCAAGCGACUCGUGGAGCACUUGUCUCUGCAAAUAAAAAUCAAAUGUCUCUUGUUUCUGUUCUGGUGGGACCACAUGCUUUGUCACAGUUGGUACCGCGGACACCUGGCCCAGCAGAUACUCAAAUCCCACAAUCUGCACCAAGGAUACGUCAUACUUCGUCACAGAGGACAGCUGGCUCAACAGCUACUCAAAUCCCACAAUCUGCACCAAGGACACCUCAAGGGAAAAACGGACGCGGCCCGGUGGAAAAGCAGGCACAUCACAAGACUCAGAACAAAAGAGCUGAUAAAAGUCCGAGUGGGGCCCCAAAUGCACCACCUAUGAAUGCUUCCACAAGUCAAAAGCAGCAAGCACAUCACAAGACUCAGAACAAAAGAGCUGAUAAAAGUCCGAGUGGGGCCCCAAAUGCACCACCUAUGAAUGCUUCCACAAGUCAAAAGCAGCAAGUGUGGAGGCCAAGAUCGAAAGCCAAGGUCGAUCAAGGUUGUUCGGAUGACUGA